GGACGAGGCAUUUCUCCAUCUCAAUUGCACCCCGCCCUUCCUUUGUAUCCAGUCAGUAGUCCAUUAUUCGUUCUACUUGCUACGAGUUAGUACCGAUUUCGCUCACCUGGGAGGAGCUCUCACAUACUCUUAAAAACUUCCCUCUACCGUCGUCUUGUCUUGUAGAUUAUCAAUUCCCAUCUCCAAUUGACUUACCUCUCCCCCUCUUCAUAUUGUCAAUCUCUCUAUAUUCCCUUUCAAUUGAUUGAUUGUGGAUACACCUAGCUUUAUAAAUACAACUAUUCCGAAUAUCCUAUCGGAAUUGCUCUACAUUGUCACCUCAUCGGCUUGACAAUUCCUGCUCUCUCCCAUCCGUAAUUCCGAACAAACGCAAUCAUGCCAUCCGUUCAAGAAUUGUUCAGCCUGUCUGGCCAGACAGCUCUCGUCACAGGCGGAACGCGAGGAAUCGGCCAGGCCAUGGCCCUCGCCCUCGCUGAAGCCGGUGCAGACAUCCUCCUCGUCCAGCGCGACACCAGCAACCAAACCACAAAACAGCAAAUCGAAGCCCUGGGCCGCAAAGCCACAAUCUACACAGCCGACCUCUCCUCCACCACCUCCGUCGCCUCGCUCGUGCCCGCCAUCCUCGCCGACGGCCACCGCAUCCACAUCCUCCUCAACUGCGGCGGCAUCCAGCGUCGCCACCCCUCCCACCAAUUCCCCGACUCCGACUGGCAGGCCGUCCUCCAAGUCAACCUCACCUCCGUCUUCACUCUCUGCCGCGACGUCGGCGCGCACAUGCUCGAGCAGCCCGCCGACCUCCCGCUCUCCCGCCGCGGCGCAAUCAUAAACGUCGCGUCGCUGCUGUCCUUCCAGGGCGGGAUCACGGUGCCCGCGUACGCGGCGUCCAAGGGGGGUGUCGCGCAGUUGACGAAGGCGCUGUCGAAUGAGUGGUCCGCGAAGGGGGUGACCGUCAAUGCGAUUGCGCCUGGCUACAUUGCGACGGAGAUGAACACGGCGCUGAUGAAUGAUGAGGCGAGGGCGACGGGGAUCUUGGCGAGGAUUCCAGCGGGGAGGUGGGGGAGCCCGGACGAUUUCAAGGGCGCGGUCGUGUAUUUGGGGAGUGCGGCGAGUGCGUAUGUUAGUGGGGAGAUUGUGGUUGUUGAUGGGGGGUGGAUGGGUAGGUAG